AUGUAAUACUAAACACUUGAGAAAUAAACUCAAACAUCAAUCCAGUCUUUAACCCAAAGAUCAGCCAAAGAAGUGGAAGAAUGGCAUCAAAUGGUUGGGAAACUGUGGGCAAAAAGAAGGCCACAAAGGGAUCAGUUAAGGGCCAGAAGAAGAGGCCAGUGUUUGACGGCACGGAUCACUCGGAACCCACCGCGCCCAUAACUAUAGCGGACACUAAUUUCAAACUGUUGAACGACUUGGAGGACCGAAAGGCCACUAAACUGAACCAUCAAAACCACACGAAGACCGGCAAUGGGAGUAACAACAAUCACAAGUCGGUCGUCGACCAGAAUCGCGACAACGAGUCCAUCGAUAAGAAGUCUUCGCCCAAACCGAAGCCCAAGAAGAAGGCGACCACCGCUGGUGUGACUGAUUCGCCGCCACCGAAGUCCGCGCCAAACAAACCGUUGACUUUUGAACAGUUGGCUAAAGAGCUCAAAGUGUCUGAGUUUGAGUCGGUGUCCGAAGAGACGAAACUCAAGUUCCCGGAUAUGCCUCUCAUUUGGCUCAAAGACAUCGCAUACUUCUUGAACGGGAAGUUUCCAUCCGUUGAACCCGAAGACGUGACGUUUGCCGACAAAUCAAUUGGUAAUUAA